UUUUUUUUUUUCGUUUUCCACCAAACACCCGCCUACCUACCUGUCUGUAUGACAAUGCAGAAACGAAGAAAGAUCGCGGUUCUUGGGACUCGUUCUGUCGGCAAGUCUUCCCUCGUGAAGCAGUUCGUAGAGAACGAGUUCCCCCAGUCGUAUUACCCGACGAUCGAGAAAGCCUACGUGAAGGUGAUCGUGCACAACGGGCAGGAGUACGCCUGUGAGAUAUACGACACGGCUGGACAGGACGAAUACACCCAAUUGAAGGUCCACCACGCAAUGGGUUUCCACGGCUACGUCUUCGUAUACUCCAUAACGUCCCGCCCCUCGUUCGACUUGAUACAAAUAGUAUACGAUAAGCUCCUCGACUUCAGCGGAAACACCGAAUUGCCAUGCGUCAUCGUCGGCACCAAGAGCGACCUUCACUACAACCGCCAAGUAGACAUGCUAGACGGGAAAGCCCUAGCCGCAGCGAACAACGCCGCCUUCACCGAGGCCAGUUCCAAAAACAACGUCAAUGUCGCCCGGGCAUUUGAACUCUGUAUAGACGAGAUCGAGAAACGCUUAGCCGUGACCCAGGGUGCUGGAAAUGCUCCCGACCAUCGAUGCGUGACGAUGUAAAUGGGGCUUUGCUGCGAAAGGCUAAGGUCAUUCAUCCCUUCAUUAUAUCUAUUAUAUCUGUUUUUAAGUAUAUCCAAAUUUGUAUGUACCAGCUGUGCACCAAGUCCCGAUGACCUUAACUAGUGUUAGGAUAGUAUAUCAAAGGUGUAUCAUCUCCCGAAAGUGCGAGGUACCGGAGAAGGGAAAACUGCCAGCUUUUGCUUGUCGGCGCUGAAUUAGCUAGCAUGAAUACAGCAAUCAUUAUCAAUCAUG